CGCCCAUGGAGUGGCGACAGUCAAAGUUUUCAACGAGGGUGAUUAGCUGUCAAUCUCAAACGCUCCAGGAUAUCGAUGGCACAUUUUUGGAGCUCCACGGCAAGUCUAGUUUUUAGUUUGAUACUGAUUAUAAAUGACACUGUAAAAACCGAAACGGAUUCUCCUGCAACUACGGAAAUUGAAUCUCUUCUGCUUCAACCGUGGCAAGAGGAUUUGUAUGAGGGCGAACUUGACAAGCACCCUUACUGCCGCUGCCUGAGUGAUGGCUUGCAAGGCUGGAUAGUUGAAUGUGACUGUGGCAGAGAUUUUCCAGGCAUACUAAAUUUUUCAUUCCCCGCCAAGCUGCCCUAUAAAACAGCAGCGGUGAGAAUUAAGAAUUGCGACAUGGUGGAGAUUUCUAAGGGAGACAUUUUACGUGGCCAGCCCUAUGUGCCACUAGAAGUGCUGAGCAUAACAUCCAUUGUCCUGCUUAAAUUACACCCUGGACUGGUUAUGGACUCAAAUUUAAUACUUAUUUCACAAAUUGUCAAUAUCAAAGCGAUUCCCAAAGGCAUUCUUGGCCAAACCGUGGAACAUUUCAUUAUUCGGUCUGCAACAGUGACAACUGUAGAAAAAGGAGCCUUUGAUCAUGCGGACUUUUUAAAAAAUUUUGGGUUGCACAACACGAAAAUCUGGUACAUUGAUGGAGAAAUUCUCAAAGUCAACGCCCCAGAUGCAAUCAUCUAUAUUAGCAACACCAGUUUAGGGGAAUUAAACAAUGCAAGAAUGGAUUUGCUUGGAAAAUCGGUAACUUUGGUAAAAAACAAAUUCGGUGUUUUGCAAAAGAAUGCACUGAGAGUAAAUGCAGAGGUAUAUUAUGUCGAGGACAAUGAAUUCAGUGUUGUGGCGAAGCAUGGUUUUGAUCUGUCUGGCGAAACGGCACUCAUUGUUAAAAAUCACUUCGAGUUGCUUCAAGAAGAUGCAUUAUUAAUAAGAACUGCUGGGACACUGAUUUUUUCUGACAACUCUUUCAAAAAAUUAGGACAUAACUUUUUAAUACCGUCCUUCAGUGAAUUUGUGACGGUGAAUAACAGGUUUCUCAACUGCUCAAGAUCAAAUAUCGAAUGGAUUUGGGACGCUGCCUUCAACGGAACCAAAAAGACCAAAGAAUUUUAUUCCCAACUAUUAGAUCGGAAAGGUGAAAAUGAAUGCAGGGUAAACGGAAUGCUGGACGUGAAAUUGAGACACUGCUACAUUGGAAAAAUGGUCGAGAUAUAUAAAUCUGGAUCUCCUUUAUCUCAGAGGUUUGCCAACGCCACGGCAAGGAGAAUUUGCCAGUUUUUGAAUUAUAAUUCCUCAGGCUCUCUGGAAAGUGGCUCAAUUUUAUUAUUGUCUGUUUUUCUGAUUAAUCUAGUAAAAUCGUUUGCUUGAAAUUAUAUCUUUCUGCUUCAAAUAUUGUUCAAUUUCAAUUAUCUUAUCUACAUUUCUUUGCUGAAAAUAAUUUAGAAGCAGAAUUUUCAAGAAUUAUCAAUUGAUGCUAUUAUUUAAUGUAAAAUUUAGGGAAAUUUUAAAAUAAAAAUGUUCUUCUUC